GAGAAUUCGAGUUCAUUUGAUGAUCCAGCCGUGCGAGGAGUCCCCACAUACAUUGCUAGCUACACCUACAAGCAAAUGUCUGCACCGCACCCAUGUAUAGAUAGUAUAAGCGAUGAGGUGGCAAGGCAACCGAUCGGUAGCACAACAAACUACAGCGUCUCCCUCGCUCUCUGCCUUCCCGUCUGUCUCAUCUGCUUGCCUAUGCAUGAGUGCUAUCUGGUCUCUGUUCUGUCUUGUCGUAUCGUGUAUGUGCUCAAGCCUCGGCCUUGAAGAGCUGGUUUGCUGGUGGUGCAGGGGGCAUGGGCAUGGCUGCGGGCGGACUCUGCCAAGUGGCCAGCAUGUCGGCAUUGGCGCCCAGCCGAUAAAUGGUCAUCGGGUCCAUGUGAGGCGACAGAUCGGACAGAGAAUCCCACCACGGAUAUAGAAACCUGCACACAGGCAUACAGAGAGCGGUGUGUGCCUGGGGUGCAUUGUGUGCCUGUCCGUCUGUCUGUCUGUCUGUCUGUCUGUUUCCCUUCCGCCCCAUUGACUCACUUGUCGAUGAUGAGUUUGCACCAGGGUGUGAUGAGCAGCUGCCCCUCUUCGCACUGCCGCGCCAUAUCGCGCAUCGCUGGCUGGUCGACCCACCUCACCGCCUCCACCUCGUUGCUGUUCGGCACAAACGAUAUCUACAUUAACAACACACAUUCAGGGCAGGACAUUGCCCUGCUGCGCUGUCCUUCCCUUACAUCAGCGAAGGGCCUAUCGUCUUGUGCGAUGAGAAUGUAGUCGAUCUCAUGUUCGCCCCACUGUGGGUCAGUGGGGGACUCGGCACAGUAGUGCAGCCGCGUGAGGUACGUCAUGACUGUAUCACCACCUUUCAAUGACAGCCCCAACUCGUGCUGCAGCUUCCGCACCGCAGCUCGCUUGGCGCCCUCCACCGGCCUGGCUGGCUGGCUGUCCCAUCCCAGCUCCUCUGUGCAAUAGAGGGGAUGACUGCAGCACGUGUUGGCCCAGAACAGGGGGAAGGUCACCUUGGCGGCCGCCCGCUGCUGCAGCAACAGCAGCCCAUCCCGGUCGAACAGGAACACGCUGAAUGCCCUGUGCAGCAAAGGGCCCUUGGCCGUCGCGUGGGUGUCUAUCUUGGAGGCGGGGCCGAGCACAUUGUCGUCUUUGUCGACCAGGAUGACACGCUCCUGCAUCAGGGACGCUUGAGUGGGAUCCAUAGCCAUACCUCCUGGUGGUGCUGUUGCUGGUGGUGCAGGGGCAGUGCCGGUGGCCAUGCACCGAAGGCGGCGAUGGAUGUGAGCACCAAUUUGCUGCAGCCUGGGCAAAGGCGCCGGGUGCUGGAAAGAAGAGUAGAGCCGUCGGUGGAGCGUGUGGAUGCGCGGUAGAUGGGAGUGCGGCAGACUGAGGGGGGGAAUGAGUGGGGCGGCUGCAGAUGGUGUGGAUGUGAGUGCUGCAGUCGCUGUCAACGCACGAUGAGUCCACAUUAAUCAGAUCUGCAUCACUUGAGGGGAG